UGAACUAAAACAACUGACUGAAAGUGAAUGCUUAGGUGUUGUGAGAGAGAAUGGGCACCGUGACCGUGACCAGGAGGAACGGCCUAGCAAUGGGAAUACUAGCGAUGUUGGCCGUGCUGCUUAUGACAUCCGCAUCAGCCACGUCGUCAAAGGGCAGUGCGGUAUUCGAGGAGGAUACAAGAGAAGCAGCGGAGGAGGCUGGAGAAGAGUCAUGGACUAGCUGGGCCAAAGAGAAGAUUUCCGAGGGCUUGGGCUUGAAGCAACGAGAGGAAGAGGAAGAAAAGGCUGCCAAAACCGCCACGGAUGAGGUCACUUUUGAUACCACCCGCUAUGCCACUGAGAAGGCUGGAGAAGCCACGGAUGCUUACAACCAGCAGUCAUCCGCAGCGGGGGAGAAUGCUAAGCAGGCCGCAGAUAAAGCUCAAGAAAUCGCCUAUGACAAGGCAAAGAAGCUUAAAGAGAAAGUAGCAGAGGGAAAAGAGGCGGCUGAAGGGACUACAGAGAACGUCAGAGAAGAGACCAAGGAUACGGCAGAUGUGGCCAAAGACGCGGCUGGCAGUCUGACGGAGGCGGCACAGAAGGCCAAAAAGGAGACCAGGGAGGUUGCCAAGGACGCUGCUGGCAGAGUUACGGAGGCCGCGGAGAAGGCUGCGAACGAGGCAAAACAAAAGGCCAUUGAGGCUGGAGAGCAGCUGCACCAUGCCAAGGAUAAGGCUGAGACCAAGGCCCAAGAGAAGGCAGGGGUUGCAAAAGCUAAAGCAGGGGAGUCCUUGGAUGGUGCAAAGGAGGCCUUAGCGUCCAAUUAUGAGGCGGCAAAGGAGAAGAUUGUCGGUCACAGAGGCAAACCAGAAGACGAGCUCUGAGAUUAAUUGUUCUUUGCUCCUCUUUUACAUCCUACCUGUAAAUUACUCAUCUUGUUACCGUUGUGGCGUCUCAAUCGAGUCUGCUUUUAUA